CACGUUUGAAGAGGUAGUGAAGUCAACAGUACGCACGAAUAUAUGUUCAUAUUAACCAAAGCAUAAUGUUCUAUCGUGAAGAGUUAAACAAUGGAGAUUCCAGUUGGUACAACCAUCAUUUGCAGGAGCGCCAAGCAAAACUGGGUUGCAUUUACCAUCAGAUACCAAUACAUAUCCGUCCAGUAUCACUAAACAAGGAAAGCAGAGACACCCCUAUUUCACACAAAGUCUACGCUUACAGACAGGCACCAAAACACAUUAUCGGCCGUCGAGUAUCAGCCUUCUAUGAAAACAGAGAAACUCCAAUUUCACGCAUAGCAGGACAACGUCACGAAUAUACAUGUAGUCACGAGCGGGUAAACGUUAGAUAUCGGCCAAUAGCACCCAGUGAAAACUGGGAAGCCCUCGUUUCAGGCAGAUCAGAACCGCAUCAUGUAUACAACCAUAGUCUAACACAUUUUAAUCCUCCAAGAUCACUAAUCAGAGAAAACACCGAAUGUCCAAGUUCAUAUAUAUCAGGAUUACGUUACCAGUACAACCUAGAAUUGGAAAGGAGGUACCAAAGAAAGCCACCAAAUGAAAACAGAAACAUGCCAGUUUCGCAGAGAUCAGGAGUACGUGUUAAAUACAUGGACAAACCGAUAGUCAAUAGAUAUAAAACACCAAUACUCAAUAAAAGCAAAAACGCAAAAAGCCAUGAACAAAUGGAUAAUGGGUGUCCACAACAAUCAACCACUGCAAACAGAGAAACCUGUAUUUCACACAUAUCAAAAGGACGUCAAAUAUUCAAUCAAGAACUAACAGGUUUUUCAUCGCCAUUAACCCAUUACAACAGAAAACCAAACGAUAUUGACUUGCCAGAUACAGGCAUACGCGCUAUAAGCGGCCAAACGAAACCUUUCAUAGAAGAUUACUUCCAGAAUUGCGACAAAAAGGCAUACAACAUCAGAUGUUCCUCAGAGAACGCAGAAAGAUUGCAAGAAAAGGAAUAUUUCAUACGACACGAAAGCAACCCCGGGAUAAGAAGAGGAGAAAGUGCAGAACGCAGUGUUGUGGAUGCCAUCGAAAGAAUGAGGAUACACUUUGGAGCGGGAGACGUGGAACCCAUGUGUUUGAUUUCAGGGUUCGAGUUUGAAAACUAUCUCAAACAUUUGAAAACAGCGGACAUGAUUGGCCACGCUGACCGCAUUUCUGCGAAAAGGUAUCUUUCACGAAGAGACAAUGGUGAACACGACAUUCUGAUCUUGCAUCUCAAUCAUGGUGUAACGUUUAUUCAGGUGAAGGCGAUAGGUGAGUCCAUGCAAGUGGCAGACAGCGAAGGGUACUGGAAGGCAGUGAAGAAGCGCAAGGACCAACACAACAGAAAAAUAAAAGAUUUCAUUGAACGCGCACUGAAACAGCUCGAUAGAGAUGAGCGAAUGUUUCGACACGUGAUGAAAGACUUGCAUCUCAAUAUUCCAGUAAGGAAGGUGGUCGCUCUUCCAAAUAUUAGAAGAGAAACCUUGGUUAAUUUAAGUUCAUCUGUUUCUGUGCUGAGACAACACCUUGGUCUCGAUGCACUGGAAAGAUGUCUGUUUGCCAAUGAAGUCCAUUGUAGAGAUGUUUCUGACACUAGUCCUUUGUCUUUGUGGUGGGCCAGGAAUAUCCAAAGUUACCCGGGAUUUAAGGACGUUGAUACAUACAAAAACGUUAUUGACAUAUACUGCAAUAUGAUGCCGACUGGUAAACGUCCAUCAUCACAAGCUGUGCCGGAAAAUUGUGACACUAACAUGGAAGUACAGACAACAGAAUACAACGCGGAAUACAAUGGAACUCCCAUACCAGAUCCGUGUACUUGUCUGACAGAGGAGUCAGUUGCCGAAACUGAGUACAGUGACACGCCAGUACCAGAUCCGUGUACUUUUCUGACAGAGGAAUCUGUUGCCGAAACUGAGUACAGUGACACGCCAGUACCAGAUCCGGGUACUUUUCUGACAGAGGAAUCUGUUGCCGAAACUGAGUACAGCGACACGCCAGUACCAGAUCCGUGUACUUGUCUGACAGAGGAAUCUGUUGCCGAAAAUGAGUACAGUGACACGCCAGUACCAGAUCCGUGUACUUGUCUGACAGAGGAACCUGUUGCCGAAACUGAGUACAGUGACACGCCAGUACCAGAUCCGUGUACUUUUCUGACAGAGGAAUCUGUUGCCGAAACCGAGUACACUGACACGCCAGUACCAGAUCCGUGUACUUUUCUGACAGAGGAAUCUGUUGCCGAAACUGAGUACAGUGACACGCCAGUACCAGAUCCGUGUACUUUUCUGACAGAGGAAUCUGUUGCCGUAACUGAGUAUUCCGACAACAAAAUGGUUUUGCAUACGGAAGAUCAAGAUGUUGAAACUAAACCUGAAGAAGAUGAAGUUGGAAACAGCACCAAAAUACCAGAAAAAAUAUCACACCGUGUGUCUUUGUUUCACUAUAAGUUAUCAAAUGAUCUGGAGGAUUCUGUUAAAUCUGGCCCGACGGACUUCCUAUUCCACGAGCUUUACCAAACAUUCUUCAUGGAAUACUUGACAAACCUAGCUUUUCCAGUACAGAUAAAAGCUUUUUCAGUCAGUAUCUGGUCAAAGAAGGGCUUUCAGUAG